UUCAAGUCCCGAGUAGCGCCCAAAAUUCACUCCGCGCCACAUCUUAUUCACGUCCCCUCUACUUAUACGUAUCCGCUUCACCGUCUCCUCCGCCUCUAUCGUCCCUGCCCUCGAGCCCACCUCUCGAGUCUGCCUCUGUCCGGCUCGCUCGCCGGGUCAAUCUCACGAUCCGGCGUAUCCUCUACGAGGAAAAGGUGAUUUCAGCUGUUCACCAGAGCUAACAUGGCACUGUCACUCGUCAUCUCAGCCAUCGGGACAAUCAUCACCACCUUGGAAAGGAUCCAGACGGUCAGGGACCUGAUCGCCGGGAACCCGGCCAGCGCUAUCACCCUCAAUGACGUUCGGCGGAUGAUUCGAACGGAGACGGCCAGGUUCUUCGUUACCGUGGAGAUAGCCCGCCUCCAGAGCGACCGUCAGACUUUCUACAGCGCGUGGCUUCCGAGCAUCACUCGACGGACCACGCUGAAUGCGGUUGACGUCUCUCCGUCGGGAGCCCUAUAUAACGUCUUUCGGGAUAUCAGGUCCGCGAUCCAGCGGGUGAACAGCGGGAUCUACGCACUAGCUGCGGUUUUCAACUCGUACUCCGAUGCCUUGCACAUCGACGACCUAGUCUGCGGUCAGGCGAUCCUCAUUGAGUUGUUCGGGCUCCUCUUGCACAUGCACUCGGCGCACUCGACGCUCAACCAGGCGCGAGUCGGUGCUGCCUCCCUUGACGAUCCAAGACUUGACGCGGACACAAGAUUGGCUAUCUCCUUCGCGCACAAUGCGAGCGACAUCUUCCUAUGGCUUGUCCCGUUGACCUGGGGAAAGCGCAGGGAUGAGAUCAGCCAAAUCAACAGCGAACGCACGUGGAUUGACAAUGACUCCCGGCCCCCCUAUUACUAUGUCUACAGCUUCCAGGACAGAUACGACGCCUUAGCUGGCACACCCACAGCGAGUCGGCUAUCGAAGGAGCCGCGACAGUACCGCCGGUCGACGCUGCAGGAUGACAACGCGUACCACUGGACAAGCAACGCACGCGCAAAUCACGAACGACGAGUCCGAAACACGUAUGCGACAGUGGUCCAAAUCGCGGUACACCAGUUCCAUCGUGAGCUGGAGCGCUUGCUUCGCAUCAUGAAUAGAAGACUAGCGAUACAAACCAGCGGGGGGCGGCCGCCGCAGGGUGCCCAGCCUGGCAGGUUUCCGCAGUGGCGCCCACCGCGACGGGUCGCUCGGCGUACGCCCAGAGCGUCGGGAACGCGAAUGUCACGGCUCGCCGACGUGUCCCUUCCGGACACUCCAAUCCCAGGUGGUAUGUUCGCAGCAGAGACAAGCUACAAACCUCUGCGUCGUGCGUCCUCUUCUCCGACACUGGAUUGUUCAGCCGUCCUCGGUGAUGGCGGAGAUAUAUUCAGAGGCGCCAGCAGCGGCGAGGCUCUUUCACAUGAGUUCAACAUGGAGCUGGAUGUUGCAGUGUGGGACCUAGAGGUGGAGGAGUACUCGGCUCGUGCAGAAGAGGAGGAUUUGCUAGAAGUCGAGCCACGUAACCGAUCAGCACGCACAGGUCUGAAGUCGUAGGUCGUUCAUCGCAUCUUGGGAAUCCCGUCUGUUUGUCAGUAUACAGUAGCGUGUCACGUUUCUGUGCCAUUGUCAUGGUGGAGUAGAUGUAUCCGUUCACGGGCCUGUUCGAUGCUGUGGUUUCAUGCAUUCCGGGAAUAGUAGUCAGGUGCAAGGUUUCCUGUCAUGUCCUUCUCAUCGUCAUAUAGUACUCGCGCAUGGUUCAAAUCUC